AUCUGCCCCGCUCGAUCAAGCACAGGCGGGGAAAAGAAAGCGAAACACAGAGACCGAGAGGGGGGGUUAGACCUCCUAACCCUGAUAUCUUCCCCAAACCCUAAUUCCCCUCUCUCGCAUAAUUUGGUGCUGUUAUUGAUCAAACUCUUUUGGGAAUCGAGAGCCCAGGUCAACAGUGGAAGAAGAUGAGUAGCCAAGUUGCGAGGAGGAGCAAUCUCACCCAGAAACGUGGCCCUGUCGCCAGAAAAUCGGCGGUCACCGAGAACGGCACUAAUGGAAAUGUUUCUAAGCCAUCUUCUCCUCCGGCACAAUCGUCCGUGAGUGGAGACAGGACGGUGAAAAAGCUGAGGUUGUCCAAGGCCCUCACGAUUCCUGAGGGGACAACUGUGUCCGAUGCUUGCCGCAGGAUGGCAGCUCGUCGUGUGAAUGCUGUUUUGUUGACUGAUGCCAAUGCUUUACUCUCUGGGAUUGUUACUGACAAGGACAUUGCCACUAGGGUGAUAGCCGAGGGGUUGAGACCUGAGCAAACGAUAGUGUCGAAAAUCAUGACUCGAAAUCCUAUUUUCGUCACUUCAGAUUCCUUAGCCAUUGAAGCUCUCCAGAAGAUGGUCCAGGGUAAAUUCAGGCAUCUUCCUGUUGUAGAGAAUGGUGAAGUUAUUGCGUUGCUUGAUAUCACGAAGUGCCUCUAUGAUGCUAUAUCCAGAAUGGAGAAGGCCGCUGAGCAGGGUAGUGCCAUUGCUGCUGCAGUGGAAGGGGUGGAACGUCAAUGGGGAAGCAAUUUUUCUGCUCCUUAUGCGUUCAUAGAAACUAUGAGGGAGCGGAUGUUCAAGCCCUCAUUGUCAACAAUAAUUGCUGAACAUACUAAGCCUGCGAUUUCUUCUCCAUCGGAUCCUGUGUAUGUUGCUGCGAAGAAGAUGCGGGAGCUGCAUGUUAAUUCAGUUGUUGUUGUGACCGGAAACAAACUACAGGGGAUACUCACUUCGAAAGAUAUACUAAUGCGAGUUGUGGCGCAAAAUCUGUCACCUGAAUUGACUUUGGUAGAAAAGGUAAUGACACCAAAUCCUGAAUGUGCAACGCUAGAGACAACAAUCCUUGAUGCAUUGCAUAUAAUGCAUGAUGGGAAGUUUUUGCAUCUUCCUGUUGUGGACAAAGAUGGAUCUGUUGCUGCUUGUAUCGAUGUUCUGCAGAUUUCUCAUGCAGCAAUUUCUAUGGUUGAAAAUGGCUCUGGAGCUGUCAACGAUAUGGCAAAUACAAUGAUGCAGAAGUUCUGGGAUUCAGCUCUUGCUUUGGAGCCACCAGAUGAUUUCGACACCCAUAGUGAAAUGUCUGGACUAAUGACAUCAGAUGGUACAGAACAUGGGAAAUAUCCAUCUCUUGGUCUUGGAAAUUCUUUUGCCUUCAAAUUUGAGGAUCUUAAGGGUCGCAUGCAUCGGUUCAAUUGCGGUUCAGAAAGUUUAGAUGAGUUGAUCUCUGGUGUGAUGCAAAGGAUUGGUGUGGUUAGUGAUCAAGAUCAUGCUAAGCUUUUGUAUGAGGAUGACGAAGGUGAUAAAGUGAUACUUGCCACUGAUGUCGAUCUUAUUGGUGCUGUUAGCCAUGCUAGAUCAGCUGGAUUGAAGGUCUUAAGGUUGCAUCUAGACUUUUCGGAUUCGAGCCAACAAACAAGUACCCAAUUGAGUGAAAACGUCCUGAGUAGUGGAUGGACAUCUCUCCACACAAAUGUCUUUGCAAGUGCAGUAGCUAUAACAUGCGUUGGAGUGCUUGUCUACUUGAAACGCUCUAAUGAAUAAGUAAGCUCUUUUUUCAUUACCUUGAAAUAAAAGAAAUAGGAAUUAGAGAAGUAAUUAUUCCAACCUGGAACAGUACCAGCUUUUGGAGAUGUUUUGUCGGUCCUCCAACCAAAAUCUAGGUGAAAACUAACAUAGUUGGAAAUCACCAGUGGCAAUUGUAAAUCUCGAAGAACUUGUGGGCCGCCGAAAGUGGAAAUUGGAUAGUAUUUAUGUUUAUGUUGCUGUGAAGCAAAUGUUCUUUCAGGAAGAAAGAAACAUACAUUUGACUGGAAGAGAAGCUAGAGCCGCACUUGUAUCCUUGUGAUAUUUAUGCCCGUAUUUUUUGUGGGUGGGUUAUUCCAUAUAUGGUCAUUUUGGAGAGAGAUUUUCUUUUGUGAUGGAUCAUAAUUUUAUUAUGUUGACGGUAUUUGCUGACUUAUUAUAUGGUGCACAUUUU